AUGGAAGGUGAACCCAUCCCGACUCCUGUCCCCAUCCCAAUCAACUCCGCACUCACCUCAUCCACAUCCACGACAUCGCCCAUCCUCCUCGACACCCUCGUCCUCGUCGUCCUCCGUGUAAUCUACUUCUUCCUAUCGCGACGAUUCCUCCUCGCAGCCGUCAACCCUCGUCUUCGAAAUAUCUCUCAACCCGAGGUACUCCUACCAUCGACCAGUGCUACGAAUGAAAGUAGGAGAGAAAGUCGAGCGGACGGUAGUGUGCGAAGGGGCAGUAUAGCCGAAUCAGAUUUAGAUACAGAGGACGAAGCCUUACUGGGAUCUAUGACUCCUACCUCUUCUUAUCCAGGUUCUCCAAUUCAUAAAGACUCGUCCUUGCCUGGUGGUGGGAAAGAUUAUUUUCCUAGGGCAGAACCGUAUAUCAACCCUUCUGGACCUUCAUCCCCUGGUCCAUCUACUUCGAUAUUACCCUCGAUACCAAGAGAAGAUAAUAUAGAGUUACAACAGUUAGGUCUGAAACUCAAGGAAGCUGGAUCGGGCGUGUCGAAAAAGGUGCUUCAACUUACUCAUGGAAGCAAGAAUACGACGUCAAUUUCGUCCUUGCAACAGGGUACGAAGGCUACCAAGAAAGCUACGAGGGGUUUACAUAGAUUUUCUAGGAUGUUGUUUGGGGUUUGUUUUGCCGAGGGAUGUAAUCUUUUGACUUUGGUCAUAUUCCAUGCGGUUGGAAUACUUCAUUCUAGAUCGAGAAGAGUGAAUUUCUCGAUAUCAUUACAUGUCAUCUUGGCCAUCAUCUUACUGGUCGUUCCUUUAGUCCAGUGUCUCUUAUUGACUUAUAGAUCUAGAGAAUCUUCAUCCGCCUCUACUAAACCCUCACGUUCGACAUCCCUAUCCUUCACUUCACGUCUCCUAAUAUCCCUUAUCCCAUUUACCUUAUACAUAUUCCUCUUCACCAGAAUCCCACCUUACAUCACGGCUAUACCCAUCACCCCUGCCCCUGUCCCGCCUACACCAGUCCUCGAAGUGGAUGAUCCAUCGUCUACCGCCUCGACAAUCGAUGAAGCUAUCGUGCAGUGGUCCACAUCAGGUCCAGAGGGGUGGGAACAAGGUGGAUGGCUCGCUCCUAGCUUAGGAAGGGUGGUGGUAUUGGGUGUACUGGUAUUAGGUAGUUUAUCGGGUUUUGGAGCGGUCAGAUCGGCUUGGAACUUCUUUGAACAUGCUAUAGGAGCUGGAAGUCGCUCUCUGACGGAUAACGAUAUCUUACAAGCUGAACGAUCACUGUAUCGUGUACGACAUGACUUGGUGACGAAGAGAGAAGAGAUUGCUCGUGUCGAAGCGACGAGUGGUACCAGUACGCCCGCCAGAGGAGGGUGGAUGGGAAGGAUGUUUGGAAGUCAGAACCAAGAGGCUAUCUCGUUGCAAGCUGAACUAAGUGGAUUGAAAACGAUGGAACAUCAAGUAUCGAAAUCACUCAAAGCUAUGAAACUGAGAAAGAAACAUCAAGAUUUCGGUCAAACAUUCCGAGGACAGCUGUACAAUCUCUUCGGAUAUGUAUUUGCCACCUAUUGUGCGGCUCGACUAAUCAUGUGUCUCCCCUCCCUGUUUUUCGCACCAUUGACAAGCUCCCAGGCGUCCUCCGAUACCCCACAAGAAGGAAAAGGCAAUACCAAUGGAGACUGGAUAUCUUUCCUACUAGCAUUGGCUAUAUCGAAAUUACCAGCUGGAUCAAUCGAUAUCGACGUUCCAUCAUGGAGUAGAUCAAUCUCAAUUAUCUUAACGGGAGUAUUGAUCUUGUCUAGUUUGGCACAAGUCAUGAGGAGUCUAAACAAAGUGUUGAGAUUGACCAGUAAGACCGUUGGAGCGGGUUUCUUGCUAUUGAGUUUAGGUCAAUUAUUCGCAACAUACGUUAUAUCCCUCCUCGUUCAACUUCGUACUUCCCUCCCACCUGCACCUCUCGAAGAAGCCAACUUAUCAACUUACCUUGACCCAGCUCAAACGGACCAUUCUUUAUUAUCCACAUUACCAGAUUUCCGAGUUUUCGGUAGACUCUUCGACGUAACUUUCCUAUUCGCUGCUCUUGGUACGGCUCUAUAUAGGUAUAUAGCUAUGAAAGUCAAUGGCGCAGAUGACGUAGGUGAAAUUUAUAGAUUAUAG